GUAGCUUCGGCUGUGGGCGAAGAGUACCACCACAUUAAUGCCAGCUUCGCACAUUCUGCGGCUGGACCAGAGUUUAUGACGCAGGAAUUGGACGAAUACGAGCUCGCAGAGAGAGUGAAGCAAAAAGUUCGAGCCCACCACUGGGGCAUUGACGAGGACGCGAAAGCACGAAAGCAAACCGGCAGUUUUCGAGCAACCCCCCACAUGCACCUUUGGCAGAUACUGGAAAGCGUUGGUGCGGAUGUGGACUUUGAGCGUGAAGGCAGUCCAAUGGCGCGAUGGUUGCUUGGUCGUACCUGCGGCGUCCAGCGGGUCCACAUUCUGGUCGCACUGGGCUACGUGGCUUCACCUGUUGCCGAGUUCUUGACCUUCCUGACGGCCACCGAGUGGGGUCUGAGAGGCGGGGAAACCGUGCCACGAUUCGCCCAGCGGCUCUUCGGUGAAAAGAUAGACCCUCCUGCGGACCUCUAA